AUGAACUGCGUAGGGUUUGAUAUCGACUAGCAAAAUUUCAUGAGCGACAACUAGAGCGAGAGCCCGAGCGAGUAGAGAUGUGAGCGCUACGAGGGAUGGAGUGGUCGCAUACGAUUUUACUUCGAGCAGCGCAUACCUCGUGUCGACAGUCAAUAAAAUGUUUCUUUGGAACAACAUCGCUGACUAGUUCUUCGUAACUUGUUUCAGGCGGAAAAUACAGUUUGAUAAAAAGCGAACAAAAAAAAAUCAUGACGGUGCUGAGCAAAAGCACCCGGCAGGCGGAAGUGAGUCUGCAACGCGGGAUGGACUUUCUGUUCGCGCCAAGCACGACGGCCACGGGUCUCGCAACGCUGACAUUUGUGGAGCAACCGGUGGAAGAUAUAGCAGAAGUGGGUCUGGAAGUAAAAGAGCAAGUUGUGGUUGUCGACCAGGACUUCGACAUCAAUUCGAUGCUGACCUUCUUGUCCGACCAAGUUUCGUCCUGCUUCAACGGAGGUCUUGAGCAGUCCACGUCCUCUUCUUCUAGCAGCAGAAGUAAAGCAGCAGCUACGAAGAAUUUGCUAAGCAGCUACUGUCCAAUUCUGCUGACAAGAACCGUGAAGACAUCAUCUUCCAGUUGUAAGACAACUUCUUCUACUUCCACGAACAGUAAAAAGACACAAACUACUGAGUUUCCGGAAUCCCCCCAGCAGCUCGCGAUGCGGCUGAUCGCAACGGCAUCCCUCAACGUGGCGACGUUUUGGAAGUGGAAACUUUUGUCGAUUUCCACCGGCGGGUUGUCCAACCUUUUCGUCCAGAUGUCCUGUGUGCCCAUCGUCGCCCCGUUUAACACCCCACCCGUCGGCUACGUGCACUGGAGGACGAAUAAGCGGGCCGUGGCGUUUCAGAGGUCCCUGUUCUUUUUGUGUGUAGCGCAAGGGGGGUUGGCGAUGGCGAAGUUUUUUGCGGGGAACUUGAUCGGGGGAUUCUUCGACGCGAUGAUCGCGGGAGUAUAGGCUGUUGCGUUGUUUUGUCAUGCAAAGAAUCGCAAUACCUGUUGGUUCUGUCAUGCGGUUCUUCUAAUUGAAAAAAAAAAGAUUGUCAAUCACAAAAUAAACUAGACCGGCCUCUACGCCGCUUGCCCGGACGGCGUGACGAUGUUGAGUACGUACUUGGUCUAUCAAAUGCAAAUAUGUCUGGGUCUGGAAGGUCGCAACUUUUCAUGCUAUUUUUGGAUUCUGAAAAAUUUUGUAUUGCAUGACCAGCAAGCCGGACAGGGCGUUUCGCAUGCGGAAGGCGCGUCAGGAAGCCCGGUAAAAGUCUGUGAUGCUAGGUCAUGCAUUACAGGCAUCACCGGUCAUGAGAAAUACGCAUGACAAAUCCUGCAUUCUUUUAAACCCAGACAUAUUUGCAAUUGAUAUGAUCUUCGCGGGCUUCAACGGCGUGAUGGACAUGUUGCAGUUGUUAUCAAAUGUAAAAAUGUCUGGCUCUGGAAGAAUGCAACUUGUGAUGCUGCAUUUGGAUUCCAAAAAAAUCUGUAUUGCAUGAGUACCAAAGGGAAUGCAAUUUCUGCUACGCUGAGAAGGCAUUUGUCAUGCGGAAUAGGCAUCAAGAAGCCCUCAAGAAAUCUGUAUUGCAAGGGUAUGCAUCACAGACAUCAUGGCUCAUGCAAAACGUGCAUGACAAGUGUCAGAAUCUUCCAGACCCAGACAUUUUUACACUUCAUAGUUGUUGCAGACUUACCACGGGAUGAUCCCACUGUAUUGGGUUUUGUGAUUUUUUUGAGUAGUUGCUCUUGCGUCCUUUGCAUGACAAAAUUAUGUUGUUUUGUUGCAUGAAUGCGCAUGACAAACUCUCCAUCCCAGGUACCUCCUCCCCUUCCAGUAUCCGGCUUUCCGCCCGAUUUUGCUCCUCCUCGGCUGCUACUACACGUACGAAUUUCACAAGGAGCUCGCGGCCAUUUUCGGCGGGUACGGCUGCGCGGGUUCGCAGGACACCUAUUUCGUCGAGGCCAUGUCGCACAAGAUCUGGGGCAACCCACCUGGGUGCAGCGAGCACGAGGCGCGGCUGGAGGAAUCGGGUACGGGCUCCGGGUUCGGCAACAACCCAACGGGGAUCAACAGCAACCCCGCGCCGCAGAACUGGGGCAGUGGCAUGUUGGGCGGAACGGGUGGGGGUCCGGCGGGUGGAAAUGGUAUCGCGAAUCAAAGCAACACGGCGAACGUCCAGAUGCCGCAGCAAAGACGGUUUAACCCUUUUGGGGGUGAGGGGCGACGGUUGGGGGCGGAAGAUCGGUAACUAAGGGGUUGAAAAUAUUAACCUGAAAUACGAUCUGUUUAGAAUUUAGUUCGGUUUUGAUUUCAAUACAGUUUCUUGAUUCGUGGUUCGAUUAAUACUGUUGAAAGGAAGUAACACUAUACAGCUCGUGCCUUGUUUGAGUCAAAAUUACGGAAGCGUAUAAAGUCGUUGUCGCAGAACUCGUGUUUGAUAUUCUCAAAUUUCACCAAGACCAGGAGGCAUUCCUGCUUCAAAAACUAGGGAUAAAAUUUUCGUUUUGAUGCACCACCGGUGAGCAGCUAGGUACAAGAAGCUUGCUUUCUUCGAAGAAAUAGUAUAAAGUGUUGAACGAGCUCUCUUUAUUGCAGCGGGGAGAAUAAUAGACUCGUCGCAGAAUAUUUUUUCACAGAACUACAAACCUGUUCUGAAUACUUGACAGAAAAUUUAU